UGGGAUAAACAACCACCUUUUUGAACUGUAUUUUGCAUAUUUGGCUGUAUUGGUGAUGACCUGGUGCAUUUGUUACGGGGAUUAUGACCACAUAAUCUCUGGAGCAGUCCCUAACACAGAGCCUAGCACUUGUAAACAUUUUCCUUCCCUGGUUUUAUUUCCUUAUCUUCAGGCUUGAAAGUAUUUUUACUAUCAAUAACCUAAUGAGGGUGGUUUUUCUUCUCUUUUACUUAUUUUUUAAAACCUUUUUAUCAUGGAACAUUUCAAAGAAUUAGAGAGUAGUAUAAUGACCUGCUAGAUGCCCAUCACCCAGCUCUAGCCAUUACUAACUUAAUGUCAAUCUUGUGUUUUAAUUUUUGUUCAGCCCUCACCGUUUCCACCUCUAGAUUACUUUGAAAUUAAGGACUCAAUCUCUGAGAAAACAAUUGGAUUGAUGCGAAUGCAAUUUUGGAAGAAAACUGUGGAUGAUAUAUACUGUGACAAUCCACCACAUCAGCCUGUAGCCAUUGAAUUAUGGAAGGCUGUCAAAAGACAUAAUCUGACUAAAAGAUGGCUUAUGAAAAUCAUUGAUGAAAGGGAAAAAAAUUUGGAUGACAAAGCAUAUCGUAAUAUUCAGGAACUGGAAAAUUAUGCUGAAAACACACAGAGCUCUCUUCUUUAUUUAACACUAGAAACAUUGGGUAUAAAGGAUCUCCAUGCAGAUCAUGCUGCAAGUCACAUUGGAAAAGCACAAGGCAUUGUCACUUGCUUGAGAGCAACCCCCUAUCAUAGUAGCAGAAGAAGAGUGUUCCUUCCUAUGGAUGUUUGCAUGCUGCAUGGUGUUUCACAAGAGGAUUUUCUACGGAAGAACCAAGAUAAAAAUGUGAGAGAUGUGGUAUAUGACAUUGCCAGCCAGGCACACUUGCAUCUAAAGCAUGCUAGAUCCUUCCACAAAAGUGUUCCCGUGAAAGCAUUUCCUGCUUUUCUUCAGACGAUUGCUCUGGAGGACUAUUUAAAGAAAAUUCAACAAGUGGAUUUUGAUGUUUUCCACCCAUCUUUACAGCAGAAGAACACACUACUUCCAUUAUCUUUGUAUAUUCAGUCAUGGAGAAAAAGAUAUUAAAAUUAUUUUAUGGUACUGAUGCUAAUUUACUUUUGUUAGUUUUAUUAAAGUAUAGUAGUUAAGGUUCUUCUUUACAAACAACGGAAUGGCCUCAGUUCACUUAAGAAGAAAAGGAAUUCAUUGGAUGGGUGUGAGUAGCUUACAGAAAUGGUGAGAAGUUGCUGAGGGGAGAAAUUGUCCACGUUGUACCACAAGCACUGCCGUUAUCACCACUAGCCCCGACUGUGUCUGCUGUGCUGUCCCAGUGAAGGUGGAGCCCCCGGAGGGACAUUGUUUUAGCAAAGCUUGAGCUGCAGGCCAUCCUUCAGCUACCACAGGUCAAGGAGAGAAUGCUUCCUUCCUCACCGGUAGU